AUGACGGAGUUUAGAAGGAAGAUCGAAGAACUCUAUGUGUUCGUGAAGGAUAAGAACAACAUACACAAGGAGGUCAAGCUACUAGCGACGGUCAUCAAAUCCGGCAUAGCUGUGGCAGAUCGGGAACUGCAAGAAUGGAGAAGAAGAGCCGAAGCGGCCGAAAAGGCUCUGCUUGAGGCCAAGGAGAAUGCAAUGCUGGCUGUAGCGCAGGAGACGCCGAAGGGACCAACGAACUCACGUCCGGAAAAAAGAGAUAGGGAAACGCCAGGAGACGAAGAGGACCCCAAAAAACACAAGGACGACGAAUACGGAGACAAGGAGCAAGAAGAUGGAGAAGACAAUGAUUGGCGUAAAGUCAAGGAAGAGAAGGAAAAGAAGAAUGAAGAGGAAGAGAAAAAGAAGAAGACGGAAGAGAGGAAGAAGGAAGUCAAGAAGAAGGAAAACCCCAGGCAUCAUAGGGAGAGAAGUAAGGGCGACGCUCUGGUUAUCGAGGCGAAAGAUAAAACGACAUACGCAGCACUCCUCCGGAAAAUGAGAGAGGAUCCGGAGUUGAAGCAACUGGGCGAGAACGUGGUGAAAACCAGGCGCACCCAGAAAGGCGAGAUGCUCUUUGAGCUGAAGAAGGACCCGUCGGUGAGGAGUUCAGCCUUCAAGGAACUCGUCGAAAAAUCUCUUGGCGAGGACGCGAACGUAAGAGCCUUAUCGCAGGAGUCAGUGGUCGAGUGCAAGGAUCUGGAUGAGAUCACAACGGAAGACGAGGUACGAUGUGCGCUGAAGGUGCAAGGCAAUCUGGGAGAUGUGCCUAUGACAAUCCGGUUGAGGAAGGCGUACGGUGGUACACAAAUGGCGUCGAUACGACUUGCGACGGACGCAGCUAACGAGUUGCUGAAGACAGGACGAGUCAAAGUUGGGUGCGAGGGCAUGCGACACAACCAUGCCGAGGAAAUCGGAACCAAGGAACAGACGGCGCCCAGCUUACUGGUGGAACGAGGCACUUAG